AUAUCCGGCCUGGCCUAUUAACGCAUCUUUUCUCUCGAGCUUUUAUUAGAGCAUCGUCACUUUCACAGUUUUCAUUCCCCCCCUGCAAACCCUAGUCAUCCCUCUAAUGGUGUGCAGCUUUCGAUCCUACCAUACACAUAUUUCCCCGCGAUCGAUCAAUUUGACUAAUUUUUAACUAUCUUGUUGUUUAAAUUUUGAUUAAUUUGUAACUAAUUUGUAACUAUGUUGUUUCAAUUUUCGAUUUUACGAAGGCUCCAAAGAAGGGUGUCAAGCUCCCAGUUGCUGCGAAGAAGAAGCAGGAGAAGGUUGUGAACCCCUUGUUCGAGAAGCGUCCCAAGCAAUUUGGCAUCGGUGGAGCGUUGCCACCCAAGAAGGAUCUGACCAGGUUCGUGAGAUGGCCUCAGGUUGUCUGUAUCCAGAGGAAGAGACGCAUUCUCAAGCAGCGUUUGAAGGUCCCACCUGCCCUCAACCAGUUCUCUAAGACCCUGGAUAAGAACCUUGCUACAAAUCUUUUCAAGAUGCUCCUGAAAUACAGACCUGAGGACAAGGCUGCAAAGAAGGAGAGACUUUUGAAAAGAGCCCAGGCUGAGACUGAAGGGAAAACUCCAGAAACAAAAAAACCUAUUGUUGUCAAGUUUGGGCUUAAGCAUGUCACUUAUCUUAUUGAGCAGAACAAGGCACAACUAGUUGUCAUUGCACAUGAUGUAGACCCCAUUGAAUUGGUGGUCUGGCUUCCAGCUUUGUGUAGGAAGAUGGAAAUUCCUUACUGCAUUGUGAAGGGAAAAGCAAGAUUAGGCGCUAUUGUCCACCAAAAGACCGCAUCUGUUUUAUGCCUUACCACAGUGAAGAAUGAAGACAAGUUGGAGUUCUCCAAAAUCUUGGAGGCUAUCAAGGCUAACUUCAAUGACAAAUAUGAGGAAAAUCGCAAAAAGUGGGGUGGUGGUGUCAUGGGUUCAAAAUCUCAGGCAAAGACCAAGGCCAAAGAAAGGGUUCUUGCAAAGGAGACAGCGCAGAGAAUGUCUUAAUUUUGUACGAGUAUUUUUUUUCUAAUAUUUAUUGCAGUUUUCUGUUGGAAGGUUUGGUCAAAUGUUAAACAGUUUCAAUUUUGAUGCGCCUGAUUGGCCUUCGAGGUUUGGGUUUUGGUUUUAGUACUAUCAAAUGAUUCGCAUUAUUGCUUUUUUUGUGCGUGGCAAUUUAGCCUCCUACACUCCUAUUUGCUUACUUCAUAAAUCACUUCUUGACAUUGCCAAUCUGGUUUCAAAAUUCUUCCUUGAAACUUCAAUCUGUGGAAGGUUGACAAUGACUGAAAAUAAUGACGUGCUUUGUAUUACGG